GAGCCCAGAAACACUCGAGAGCGAGCGAGAGCGACAGAAUGCUAUCGCCGCCGCUCCUUCUCCUCCUCCUCCUCCUCCUCCUACCGCUCUGCGUUCUCCAAGCAUCGUACGCCGGAGCGCCACCGCCAGACGGCGAGGCCUCCGCGGACGACCAGGCGACCCUCCUUUCCCUCAAGUCCGCCCUUUCCGACCCGGGCGCUGCCCUCGCGGGCUGGAACGCCACCGCCGCCCCGGACCACUGCGCCUGGCACGGCGUCGCCUGCGACGCCACCCUCCGCCGCGUCGUCUCCCUCGACCUCUCCGGCCUCAACCUCUCCGGUUCCCUUCCCACCGCCGUUGGCCACCUCCGCCACCUCCUCAACCUCUCUGCCGCUACCAACUUCCUCUCCGGCCCCAUCCCGCCAGAGCUCUCCUUCCUCUCCGACCUCCGCCACCUCAACCUCUCGAACAACCUCUUCAAUGGAAGCUUCCCCUCCGCCCUCCGCCGCCUCAAAAAUCUCGAGGUCCUCGACCUCUACAACAACAACCUCACUGGCCUCCUGCCGGUGGAGGUGGCGGAGCUCUCCAACCUCCGCCACCUCCACCUCGGCGGCAACUUCUUCUCCGGCGUCAUCCCCCCCGAGUACGGCCGCUGGGACCACAUCGAAUACCUCGCCGUCUCCGGCAACGAGCUCGUCGGCGCCAUCCCGCCGGAGAUCGGCAACCUCAGCCGCCUCCGCCAGCUCUAUGUCGGCUACUUCAACAGCUACGACGGAGGCAUCCCACCUGAGAUAGGCAACCUCUCCGCCCUCGUCCGAUUCGACGCCGCGAACUGCGGCCUCUCCGGCUCGAUCCCGCCGGAGCUCGGCCGGCUCGAGAACCUCGACACACUCUUUCUCCAGGUGAACGGCCUCGCCGGCGAGCUGCCGCCGGAGCUCGGCCGCCUCCGGAGCCUCAAGUCCCUGGACCUCUCCAACAACGCCCUCACCGGCGAGAUCCCGCCGAGCUUCGCCGACCUCUGGAAUCUAACCCUGCUGAACCUAUUCCGGAACAAGCUCGACGGCACGGUCCCGGACUUCAUCGGCGACCUGCCGGAAUUGGAAGUGCUCCAGUUGUGGGACAACAACUUCACCGGAAUCAUCCCCAGGGGAAUCGGCCGGAGCGGCAAGCUUCAGCUGCUCGAUCUCUCUUCCAACAAGCUCACCGGCGACCUCCCCCUCGACCUCUGCUCCGGCAACAAGCUCCAUACUCUAAUCGCUCUCGGGAACGCUCUCUUCGGCCCCAUCCCGGAGUCCCUCGGCCGGUGCUUCUCCCUCAGCCGAGUGAGACUGGGGCAGAACUACCUCAAUGGAUCCAUUCCUAGUGGUUUAUUUUGCUUGCCCAACCUCGCCCAGGUCGAGCUCCAGGACAACCUCCUCGCCGGCGGUUUCCCCGACACUGGCGACGCCCCGAUCUCAUCAAGCCUCGGCCAGAUUAGCCUCUCGAACAACCGCCUCUCCGGGCCCCUGCCGCUGUCCAUCGGCAACUUCUCCGGCCUCCAGAAGCUGCUCCUCAGCCAGAAUCAGUUUUCCGGCCGAAUCCCGCCGGAGAUUGGCCGGCUACAGCAGCUCUCCAAGGUCGACUUCAGCGGCAACCGCUUCUCCGGCGAGAUCGCCCCGGAGAUCAGCAAAUGCAAGCUCCUAACCUUCGUCGACCUCAGCCGGAAUAAUCUCUCCGGCGAGAUCCCGGCCGAGAUCGCCGGAAUACGGAUCUUGAACUACCUCAACGUAUCAAGAAACCAUCUUGAAGGGAGUAUCCCGCCGUCCAUCGCCACGAUGCAGAGCCUCACCGCCGUCGAUUUCUCCUACAACAAUCUCUCCGGCUUGGUCCCCAGCACCGGCCAGUUCAGCUACUUCAAUGUCACUUCCUUUGUCGGCAAUGCCGAGCUCUGCGGACCCUAUCUUGGCCCAUGCGGAUUCACCAAUAGCUCGGGCUCUACCCAUGCCCGAGGUCCCCUGUCAGCCUCCUUCAAGCUUCUAUUGGUCAUUGGUCUCCUCCUCUGUUCCAUUGCCUUCGCCAUCGCCGCCAUCAUCAAAGCUCGGUCUUUGAAGAAGGCGAGCGAGGCCCGGGCAUGGAAGCUGACAGCCUUCCAGCGCCUGGACUUCACCUGCGACGACGUGCUCGAUUGCCUCAAAGAAGAGAACAUCAUCGGAAAAGGAGGGGCCGGGAUUGUGUUCAAGGGUGUGAUGCCCAACGGCGAACAGGUGGCGGUGAAGAGGCUGCCGGCGAUGAGCCGGGGGUCGUCGCAUGACCAUGGUUUCUCGGCUGAGAUCCAGACUCUUGGGAGGAUUCGGCAUCGCCACAUUGUGAGGUUGCUCGGGUUCUGUUCGAACCACGAAACCAAUCUUCUGGUCUAUGAGUAUAUGCCUAACGGAAGCCUUGGUGAGGUUCUCCAUGGUAAGAAGGGGGGCCAUCUGCGGUGGGACACGAGGUAUAAGAUCGCGGUGGAGGCAGCGAAGGGCCUCUGCUAUCUCCACCACGAUUGCUCGCCUUUGAUCCUCCAUCGUGACGUGAAGUCGAACAACAUCCUCCUCGAUUCCGACUUCGAAGCUCAUGUCGCUGACUUUGGGCUCGCCAAGUUCUUGCAGGAUUCCGGCACCUCGGAAUGCAUGUCUGCUAUAGCUGGCUCUUAUGGCUACAUUGCUCCAGAAUAUGCGUACACUCUGAAGGUGGACGAGAAAAGCGACGUGUAUAGCUUCGGAGUCGUACUCCUAGAGCUGGUGACCGGAAGGAAGCCGGUGGGGGAAUUCGGGGAUGGAGUUGACAUUGUCCAAUGGGUUAGAAAGGUGACAGAUACGAACAAGGAAGGAAUACUGAAAAUUAUAGACCCAAGGCUUUCUUCAGUCCCUCUCCAUGAAGCCAUGCAUGUAUUCUACGUCGCGAUGCUGUGCGUGGAGGAACAGAGCGUUGAGCGCCCAACCAUGAGGGAAGUCGUUCAGAUCUUAACCGAGCUUCCCGGCACACCUGCAAAGCAGGGCGAGGACCCUCCGCCACCACCUCCAGUCGGUGGCGAAACACCUCCAAGAGAGUCAAAGCCGCGGCAGGAGCAGCAGUCGCCACCACCUGAUCUACUUAGCAUUUGACGAAAUGCCGGGUUCUAAGCUGCAAAGUUUUGCCUAAUGGGUUUCUCUUGUUGUCAGUGCCUUGAGAGUACUAUUUUAUUGGUUUUGAGCUGGGGUUUUGAGGGGUUAAUUUCUGUUUAGACUUUUGUACAGCUAAAUUGGUGGGUUUAGUACUUCAGGCUUGUAGCUUGGUGUUCCUGUUCUAAUGUUAUCGAAUCUGGUUCUCCUA